CCUCUCUACUCAUCAUCUUCUCCGCAUUAGCUUUACCGGAGAAAGAAGAGAAAUCGGAUUAGUUGCAGAAGUGCAAUGCUUUGCGGAUGUGCUUUCGCUUCACAAUCUGUGUCACCACGUCACCCAUUUGAAAUCAAAACCUCUGUUUCAAAGCUUCGAGCUUUAUCAGCUCAAUUACCGAGAACCCAGAUUCAGAUAAAUCUCCUUAUCGACGUUGGUUCAGAUAAAUCUCCGGCGACUAGAGUUUCGUUGCCGUCUCAUGUAAAUUCCAUCACCAGCACUUCAAACCCUUUUGUCAAACACUGCUUGAAGCUCCGUCAAAGCUCUUCUUAUCGCCACGCUCAUGGCUCUGUUCUUGUCGUCGGAGCUAUCCCAAUAAGGGAAGUAUGUAUGUUUCAAACGAAUAAGCAAGGAAUCACAAGUGAAAUUGAGUGUCUACUUGUUCAUGAGGAAGCUCAGAUUCCACAAGGAUUAGAGAGUUUAAGUAUCCGAAUUGUUCGAGUAAGUUCUUUGGUGAUGAAGAAACUCUCUGGAGUGCAAUCUACUGAAUCUGUUGAAGCCAUUGCCUUGAUGAGAAUCCCUAGCAGCUUUAUUGAUCUUGAAGAUGAUAAAGACAUCAAAACAGACUGCAAUAAAUGGUUCCCUUCUUCUGCUCACCGAGUUCUUGUUCUCGAUAGCAUACAGGAUCCGGGGAACCUUGGCACAUUAAUCAGAUCGGCUAUGGCUUUUAAUUGGGAUGGUGCGUUUCUGCUUCCCGGUUGUUGUGAUCCAUUCAACGACAAAGCUCUUCGAGCAAGCCGAGGUGCUUCGUUUCAGCUACCUAUAGUUUCCGGAAAUUGGAACCAUCUUAAGGUUCUAGAACAUGAGUUCCAGAUGAAGCUAUUAGCCGGUCAUCCAGCGACGAGUACUCAGAAACCGAAACUUGUCUCCAAACUUUCCGUAGAGUUUGCUCAAUCUGUAGCAGAGAAGCCUUUAUGCUUGAUUUUAGGUAGCGAAGGGAACGGUUUGUCUGAGCAGUCACGGAAAGUAUGCGAGCUUGUGAGCAUUCCCAUGGCAGGUGACUUUGAAUCUCUGAACGUCUCUGUUGCUGGUGGCAUUUUCUUGUUCAUGCUUCAAUCUCGUUCCGGUUCUUAAAACCAAGAUAUAAACUUGAAAACACUUA